CAGCAUGUCGAGUCUACAGUAGAAAGAUAAGCUCAGCUACCUUAGUAAGUUUUUCAAAUAGUUAACAUCUGGCUAAAAGUCUGAUGUGGAUGGAGGAUGCUUGCAUCUUAUGAACAAUCCAGUUUGUCUGGAGCGGCUGACGUCAACAGGAGCACAUGUAUCUGCUCUGUGGAAUUCUGAAUAUCCAGUCACAUGUUGCUGGGCUAGCUUUUAGGAAACACAAGGGGAGAUAUUUCUGGUCAACUGACGGACGUCUGCAGGCUGAGAGUGAACAAUGCCCUUACCAUUUGGAUUAAAAUUAAAGAGAACGCGAAGGUACACAGUCUCCAGCAAGAGCUGCCUCGUCACACGCAUCCAGCUGCUCAAUGGCGAAUUUGUGGAGUUCACACUUUCUGUGGAGAGCAUCGGCCAGGAAUGUCUGGAAGCUGUUGCCCAGAGACUUGAGUUACGUGAGGUGACAUAUUUCAGUCUCUGGUACUUCAACAAGCAAAACCAACAGAGAUGGAUUGACUUGGAAAAGCCACUGAAAAAACAACUGGACAAGUAUGGCUUGGAACCCACAGUUUACUUCGGAGUUGUGUUCUAUGUGCCAAAUGUGUCCCAGUUACAGCAGGAGAUAACAAGAUACCAGUAUUACCUUCAGCUGAAGAAGGAUAUUUUGGAAGGCAGAAUACCUUGCUCCAUAGAGCAGGCCAUACGGCUGGCUGGCUUAGCCGUGCAAGCUGAUUUUGGUGACUUCAAUCGCUAUGACUCCCAGGAGUUUCUCCAGAAGUUUGUGUUGUUCCCUAUCGGGUGGAUCCAAGAUGAACGAGUGCUGGAGGAGGCCACGCAGAAAGUGGCCUUGUUGUACCAAAAGUACAGAGGACUGUCAGCUCCAGAGGCAGAAAUGCUCUACAUGCAGGAAGUGGAGAAGAUGGAGGGCUAUGGUCAGGAGAGUUAUCAAGCCAAGGACAGCCAGGGUGCAGAUAUACUCAUUGGGGCGUGUCUGGAUGGGAUCUUUGUCAAGCACAAAAAUGGCAGGCCUCCUGUUAUAUUUAGGUGGAAUGACAUUACCAACAUGACUCAUAAUAAGUCUUUCUUUGCGCUGGAGCUGGCAAACAAAGAGGACACCAUUCAGUUCCAGACUGAAGACAUGGAAACAUCCAAAUACGUGUGCCGGAUGUGCCUGGCCCGGCACAAGUUUUAUAAGAUAAACAAAAGCAGCCUACAAACUCAGGCCACUGCUGUCAACCCAGUCAGACGACGAUCAUCCACCAGGAUUUCUCUGCCAAAACCUCAGGCCUACAUGAUGGCUCCCCCCCAGAUGCAUUACAAUGGCCAUUACACUGAACCGUACACGUCGUCCCAAGACAACCUCUACAUGAACAAUCAGAAUGGCUACUACUAUCACUCCCAGACCAGCCUGGACCGGUCGCCGCACGAGUACAACGGACGCAUCCGGAACGGGAGUGUGUACAGCGCCCACAGCACCAGCUCCCUGAACAACCCGCAGCACUACCUGCAGCCCUCGCCCAUGUCCUCCAACCCCAGCAUCACGGGGAGCGACAUCAUGCGGCCCGACUACAUCCCCUCCCACCGCCACAGCGCGCUCAUCCCGCCCUCCUACCGCGCCACGCCCGACUACGAGACCGUCAUGCGGCAGAAGAACCGGGGCAUGAUGCCCGCCGAGCGGCAGAGCCACUCCAUGCGCAACCUGAACAUCAGCAACUCGUACGCCUACAGCCGGCCCGACCCGCUGGUGUACAGCCAGCCGGAGAUCCGCGAGCACGGCCAGUUCAGCUCGCAGGGCGCCGGCCAGUACCCCUUCCACCUCAACUACAGCUUCCACAGCCCCUCCCCGUACCCGUACCCGGCCGACCGCAGGCCCGUGGUGGGCGCCGUCAGCGUGCCCGAGCUCACCAACGUUCAGCUGCAAGCGCAGGAGUACCCCGCCCCCAACAUCAUGCGGACUCAGGUGUACCGGCCGCCACCCCCGUACCCCUACCCCCGGCCCGCCAACAGCACCCCGGACCUGUCCCGCCACCUGUACGUGAGCAGCAGCAACCCGGACCUGAUCACGCGCCGGGUGCACCACUCAGUGCAGACCUUCCAGGAGGACAGCCUGCCGGUGGCGCACUCCCUGCAGGAGGUGAGCGAGCCGCUGGUCACCGGCCGCCAGCCGCACACGCAGAAGCGCAACAGCAUCGAGAUCGCCGGCCUGGCCUACGGUCUGGAGGGCAUGCGGGUCAAGGAGAGGACCAUGUCGGCCUCGGCGGCCGAGGCCCCGCCCCCACGGCCGGCGGCCUCCUCGGGCUCCCAGCUCAACGUCUUCCUGGAGAGGACCAAGUCGGACGACGGGGGCAGCAAGGAGGACGUGCGCUACGGGCACAAGAAGUCGCUGUCGGACGCCACCAUGCUGGUGCACAGCAGCGGCGAGGAGGAGGAGUUCGAGGACGAGAGCGGCCGGCACACGCCGCAGCCAGGACGCCGCCGGCGGCUCCGAGCAGCACGUGGCCCUCCUGGGGCAGCCCCCCAUGGAGGCCCUGCCCGCCUACCCCUAUGGCCCCGCCCUAGACCCCGCCCUGCCCGGCCCUCUGACGUAUCAGCCGCACCCGCUGAUCCGCGAGCAAGAGGCAGAGCACCCCUCCGCGGACGCGCGCUGGUGCCCUCGGUCUCCGAGAGCAAUCUCAGCACCUCGGUACGGCAGAGGCCCAAGCGGGACUCGGGCAAGAAGAGGCCCGUUUCAGAUGUUCCUCCCGGGAAGAGGAAUCCACUGGAGGGGCUCCCGCCAACCGGGGGGAUGAAGAAGGGCACGCGGUCCGACUUCAAGAAGAUGGGCCCGCUGAAGCUGGCGGCGCUCAACGGCCUGACGCUGUCCCGCAUGCCCAUGCACGACGAGAGCAAGGACGAGCCCGAGAAGGCGUCCAACGACGAGAGGUGUAAGAUCCUGGAGCAGCGGCUGGACCAGGGCAUGGUGUUCACGGAGUAUGAGCAGGUGCCCAAGAAGCGGCCCAACGGGGAGUGCUCCAUCGCCCAGCUGCCCGAGAGCGCCGAGCGGAACCGCUUCCAGGACGUCCUGCCCUACGACGACACCCGCGUGGAGCUGGUGCCCACCAAAGAAAACAACACCGGCUACAUCAACGCCUCACACAUCAGGGUGACCGUGGGUGGGGAGGAGUGGAGCUACAUUGCCUCCCAGGGACCACUCUCCAAUACCUGUCAGGACUUCUGGCAGAUGGUGUGGGAACAGAGCGUGGCCAUCAUCGCCAUGGUUACUGCCGAGGAGGAAGGGGGCCGGGAGAAGAGCUUCCGCUACUGGCCGCGCCUGGGAUCGCGCCACAACACGGUCACCUACGGCCGCUUCAAGAUCACCACGCGCUUCCGCACGGACUCCGGCUGCUACGCCACCACCGGCCUGAAGAUCAAGCACCUGCUGACGGGACAGGAGCGCACGGUCUGGCACCUGCAGUACACAGACUGGCCCGACCACGGCUGCCCCGAGGACUUCAAGGGCUUCCUGUCAUACUUGGAGGAGAUUCAGUCCGUGAGAAGGCACACAAACAGCACCACCGACACGAAGAACACUAACCUGCCAGUUCUGGUCCACUGCAGCGCCGGGGUGGGGCGGACCGGGGUGGUGAUUCUGUCAGAAAUUAUGAUUGCCUGCCUGGAACAUAACGAGAUGCUGGACGUCCCGACUGUUCUCAACAUGCUACGGCAGCAGCGUAUGAUGAUGGUGCAGACCAUUUCACAGUACACCUUCGUUUACAAAGUGCUCAUUCAGUUCCUCAAAAAUUCCAGACUCAUCUAAUCCUUUCCCUGUAUUUAGCCUUCAAUAUUGUGCUCCGAAGAGCAGAUGAUAUCCUCGUAGCGCAGUUCUCUUUGCCGAGUGGGCCGAGCUGGGGCCUGCCGAUGUCUCUGGCGUCCAGAUUGCCAUGAGAUUGUUAAUCCUCUCUUCAUAUGACCUUGAGACCUAAGUAGGGGUGAGCAAGCAGUUGUUCGGUGGUGCUGGCCUUUGCACUGUGCCAUUGAACCAGUUCUUUUUCUAAGUAUUACUGGAAUGGAAAAAAAAAACUACAUAGGCCUAAUUGAAGGAAUUUGCAGUGCAAAAGCAAGUGAACACAUCUCCAGUGUGUUACCUCUUGACAGUGUUAUUUUUGAAAUUUUGUUGUGGGGUUUUACACUAAAAGCUUAUGUUAUGACUACAUAAAAAAAUUCCCAGCACUUUUUCUUUGCUGUAUAUAGCAAUCAAUGUUUUUAAAGCUGAAAUGUCUAACAAUAUUGAUUGUGGCGCUGUUUUUAUUACUGACUUUUUUGUAGUUAUCCUUUUACUUUUUAGCUUGGUUGAAUUUGAGUGAAGGUAGGUGUUUUUUGGGGCGCAGGAAUCGUAAUACUGAUGAAUGUUCUAGGUUGUGACAGUUUGUCGCCUGCGGAAGUAUACGGUUUGCACUGAAUCUGUGUUAGGCUAGGAAUGCAAAAAAAAAGACUGGUUCUAUUUUAUCAACAGACAUGUAUAUUUUCCAGUUUUCUGUUCAAAAGGAACAAUGACAGUUAUUCCUUUAAUUUAUGAGUAUCCAUAUAGCAGUAUACUCAGUCUGGAGAGAAGUGUACAACU